UAUUGGCUUUGAUAGCUUUAAUCGGCUUCGUGAUUAGUGCUUACAAUUUCCUUAGGAUGAAUGUUAGUGCCCGAUUUAUAAUUUUCCGCGCUUUGGACUUGUUCACUAUAGUGGUACCACCGGCACUGCCCACGACUAUGAGUAUCGGAACAGGUUUUGCUAUUGCAAGAUUGCGGAAAUCCGAAAUAUUUUGCAUUAGUCCAGCAAGAGUAAACGUUGGUGGGAAGUUGAAUGUCAUGUGCUUUGAUAAAACUGGUACUCUAACCGAAGAUGGUUUAGAUGUUUUGGGUGUUCGUUGUGUUGAUCGAUCAGGGAACAGAUUUUCUGAGCUAUAUACAUCAUCUGAUGCGCUUUCUUCAGUCAAUACGAACAUUGGUAAUACUUCAGUGGGUUCAAAUGUUUCAUAUACCGAGUCAAAUUUCUCUCCGAUUCUUUAUGCCAUGGCUACUUGUCAUUCUCUUAGAUCAGUUGACAAUAAUUUAAUCGGUGACCCGUUAGACCUGAAGAUGUUUGAUUUUACCAAUUGGAUACUAGAGGAAAGUGGACAAAGUGCUUCACGACCUUCAAGUCUAAUAGAGACGACUGUUAGCAUUUCUCCCACAACUAGUACCGGUGGAAUGGUGCCGACAGUUGUUAGGCCACCUGGAAGUAGACAAUUUGAUCUUUCCGAUGUAUUGAAUAAUGAACAAAAUAAUAGAGAAAAGCUAAACACAUUCUUAGAGUUGGGUAUAAUCAGAACUUUUGAAUUUAUUUCAUCUUUACGUCGUAUGAGUGUACUUGUUAAACGUUUACGAAGUCCCACAAUUGAGGUCUAUGUAAAAGGUGCCCCCGAGGUCAUGCGUGAGAUUUGUAGAGCAGAAUCAUUUCCCGAAAAUUAUGAUGAAUUGUUGCACCAUUACAUGCACAAUGGAUUUCGAGUCAUUGCGUGUGCCUAUAAAAGUUUUGACAAUUUAAAUUGGAUAAAGGCUCAGAAAAUCAAAAGGGAACAGGUGGAACAGGAUCUCGAAUUUUUGGGGAUUAUUGUAUUUGAGAAUAAAUUGAAGAAAGAAACUCCACCUGUUGUCGAAACUCUCAGAAAAGCCAAAAUCCGACAAGUUAUGUGCACAGGGGACAACGUGUUGACUGCGAUUAGUGUCUCUCGGGAGUGCGGAAUGAUUAACAAAAAUUCUAAAGUGUAUGUUCCUCGAUUCGUUCAAGGAUCUGGAAACUCGGGAUCAUCUAUCGCUUGGGAAUGCUUGGGUGAUGAAAAUGAUUCAUUAGAUUCAAAAUCUUUAAAGCCGAUCAUUCAAUCACCGCGAGGUUUCUCCGAGUUCCCGCUUAUAGAUCCCUAUGAAUAUGACCUUGCUGUGACGGGUGAUGUUUUUCGUUGGAUUGUUGACUACGGUGAUGAGACUACGUUAUAUAGUAUGUUGGUCAAGGGACAAAUUUUUGCACGUAUGUCUCCGGAUGAGAAACAUGAAUUAGUUGAAAAACUACAAGAGAUAGGGUAUUGCGUUGGAUUUUGUGGAGAUGGUGCAAACGAUUGUGGUGCGCUCAAAGCUGCCGAUGUUGGGUUAUCGCUUUCAGAUGCUGAGGCUUCGGUCGCUGCCCCUUUUACGAGUCGAAAUAAAGACAUUGGAUGUGUAAUUGAAAUUAUUAAGGAGGGUAGAGCGGCCCUGGUCACAAGCUUCAGUUGUUUUAAGUAUAUGGCGUUAUACAGUAUGAUUCAGUUUACAACUGUUAGCAUCCUAUAUGCAUAUGCUUCUAGUUUAGGAGACUAUCAAUUUUUAUAUAUAGAUUUAUUCUUAAUAUUGCCAAUUGCAGUUUUAAUGGGGCGUACUGAACCAUACCCUCGCAUUUAUCCUAAGAGGCCCACUGCAAGUUUGGUGUCGAAAAAAGUGUUGACUUCUUUGAUAGGUCAAAUUUUGAUUCAAUCAGGGUUUCAAUUUUUUGUUUACAUGUUAUUACAUGCACAACCAUGGUGGAAGGAGCCGGUCAUUGUUCCAGACAAAGGGAAUAUAAAAUCUUUCGAAAAUACGACAUUGUUUCUAUUGUCUUGUUUUCAGUACAUUCUCAUCGCAGUAGUGUUCAGCGUCGGACCUCCAUAUCGUAAACCAAUGAUCACCAAUGUUCCUUUUAUUAUCACCACUAUUUUACUUUCGCUCUUUACACUUUUAAUCCUCCUAUACCCUCUCGGAUUUCUUAAAAAUAUUAUGGAACUUGUUGACAUUGCAUUUUAUUUCCGAUUGUGGAUUUUGGUCAUUGCUUUUUCGGAUUUUAUUGUAUCCUGGAUAAUGGAAAAAUAUAUUUUUGGUUUAAUUGCUCAUUGGAUAAAUGAUGUAUUAUAUGGUGGAAAGAAGGCUAACAAAAAACUGUACAAAAAAAUUAUAGAAGAAUUGGAAAGGAAGUAA